UUUUGGUUCCUACUAGAUGGAGAAUUAUAGCGUAUAUAGUAUAGCUUAGUAUAAUAUGGCGUACAUGUGUAACAUGUCAAUUAUUUGGUCUAUUUUAAAGAUUGUCAGAAUUGUCAAUGCAAAUUGAAAUGUCAAAAUGCCUUGCUGCGUUGCAAUUAAUUGCAGCAACAGGUCCGAACAAGGAUAUAAACUGUUCAGAUUCCCAGAGGGUUCCCGGGGAGUAACGUGGGUGGAAAAUGUGCGGCGUGGAGAUAAGUGGGCACCAACGGAGACUUCGCGCUUGUGUGAGAAACAUUUUGAAGAUUCACAAUUUGAAGCCCGUCGAGCAGAUGGUUGGAAGAAAUUGAAGCCGAAUGCCAUCCCAACGUUAUUCGAUGUACCAAAUCCGCCGUCCAUCAUCAAUCCACUUCCGCGGAAAUCACUGUGCAAGAAUCGUAACAAUAAUGUUGCUCCUGUCCUUUCCGCAACAACAGUAAACGAAUUUGUACCGGCAGUUGAACAUAAUUAUUCAAUUCGACCUCAGGAAACACGGGAUGAAGCAAGCAAUUCUCGAUCCAUCGACGAAACAUUAGCUUUAUUUACUGAAAACCAGGCCAUGAAAGAGAAGCUAGAAAGAUGGCAUGCUAUUUUCAAAUUGUAUUCGUUUUACCCACAAGUUGCUGAAUAUUUGCAUAAAUACAAUGUCAAAUAAUGUAUUAUUUUAAUAAUGCAAACGAAUUGAAGUUAUCAAAAUGAAAUCAUGUGAAUGUGUUUGUAAGAUUGAAAUUAUAAAUUUAAAAUUGUAUAUAUAA